AUGUUGGCGCGGGGAAUCAAGUAUGUGAUAUCGACGAAGUCCAUUGAGGACAAGCGCAGAAAAUUUUGCACACCUGUUGCGCUCACAUUCAUUGAUGCCGUUGCGCACGAGCUUUUCCGCUGGCGGCCCAUAUCUCCCGGGUCCAUCCCGCGCCGGGCGAACAACUCUCAAGAUUUCGUUCCCGAGAGGUGGCUGCGGCAGGAUGGGGACGGAGAGCAAAAGCUACGAACGGACCUUCCGCUGCCGGUCUUCGGGCAGGUCCGGCGUAUCUGUCAGGGCAAGAGGGUUGCCACGGAUGGGGCAUUCAUGCAGGUCGCUAAUCUGCUCUGGGCGUUUGAUAUCGAGCCCGCUGAUGGGGAGGAGAUUGAUCCGUGGGCGAUGGUCGUGGCGGAUUCAUGA